AGCAUUUCAUUGCGUAAUGUAAUCGUUGAGUGACUUAUAAUAAACAAAGAGUUUUAUAGUUUUGUUUGACUUUUAAUUGUUUUUUAAACACUUUAUUUAAUUUUGAAUAUCAUUUGAUAACUAAUAUAACAAAUCAAUUGCUUAUUAAAAGACUAUUGUCUAUAGAUAUGGGAGUCGUGUUUGAGAUGAAAAGUUGCGAAAAUCAACAAACGGUGUCAUUUGAAAGUCCGAUCGGAACUAUUAAAGUGACUCUUUGUUUGUUUGGUUUGCAUCGACUAUCACUUGUCGAUCAUUUAGUUAUUCCCAACAAACAAAUAAAAGUUAAACUAAUGGCAAAAGAUGUCAUAACAGAUGAGUUGAUCGAUAAACUCAAUGAAUGGUUGUCCGCAUAUUUUGAAUGUCGUGACCAACAGUUGGAUACAAAACAGCUGACAUUGUGUCCAAUAUUCACUAGUAGUACCCCCGAGUUUUAUCGUAAAGUUUGGUUACUGCUCAAGAAUAACGUGAAAUUUGGUCAAACAAUUAGUUACAGUGAUUUGGCCGCCGAAACGGGAAGUCCGGGAGCCAGUCGUGCCGUUGGAUCGGCUAUGAAGUCCAAUCCAAUACCUCUUGUAGUUCCCUGUCAUCGAGUCAUUAGGAAAGACGGAUCAUUUGGUCACUAUUCCGCCGGUUCGGGACAUGCAUUGAAAGAGUGGCUCUUAAAUCAUGAGAUGAAUACUUCAAACAAUUAGUCAUAAUUUAGAUAUUAAUUUUGUUUGCUUUCAUUUUAUCAUUUUAUU